GGAUUUUACAUCUUACCAAGAUGGCGUCGGAAGUAAAGGAUGCAGAAGUGGAUGAAAGUAUAGCUAUGCAUACAUCGGAACAUGAACUGCCAGAUUCAGAAAUGAUGGACAUUGAUCAACAACAAAAAGGAAGUUCGCAAAAUGUUGGCAUGAAAACUGACCCUGACCUUGAUACACAAAUGGACUCUCCCGACCAAGACGAUGUGCCACCCUCGUCUCCAUGUGGAAUCGGUGAAGAGGGUUUGCUGGACAGUUCGGCAAGCAGUCGAGCCAGUUCAGAUCGUGGGACUCCAAGUAAACAUGGAAUGAGGACUCCAAGUGGAGGAGGGAUAGGGGGUGGGAGUGGAAUGGCCGACAACAUUAGCACCUGUUCCACCAGCUCGUCCUCCUCCCAGUCCCAUGGACAGAUACGGGGACGAUGUCCCAACAGGCCAGGUAUCAUCUGGAGGAAGGGCGAGAAAGUCGAGGCUAUGGACUUCAUGAAAAAAUGGUACUCGGCUAAGAUAGUUGACAUUGAUGAUGAAGAGGCGACAGUUCUGAUCCACUUUGAGGGAUGGAACCAGCGUUACGACGAGUGGGUGGAGAUGAGCAGUGAAAAACUUCGUCCGAAAAUGAGGCAUUCCGGGCGGAAGGAGAAAAAGAAACGGCUAAGUGGAGAGUAUAAGUUGGGAGAAAGUGUAUAUGCACGGUGGACCGAUUGUAAAAUGUACCCAGGAAAGAUUACAACAGUACAAACUGAUGGUUCCUAUGAGAUUGUGUUCUAUGACGGAUUUAAAAAGAGUGUACAACCAAUUAACAUCCGCCCACGCACUGUGGAUCCCAAACAGAAAUCAGAGAUUAUCAAUGUGCCGAAAGAGCUGCGACGGAAAUCCAAUGAAGAAGAAGGUGUCCUGCCUGAUUCUCCUAUGCUGAGUGUGGAGACAGAGACAGAAGAGGGCAAUGUUGGACGACGGAGGUCAUGCCACCUCAGGUCAAAGGUCAAUCCAGAACCUGAAGUUACAGAGCCAAAGUCUCCAAAGUCUCUCAAGAAAGAGGUCGCAAAGUUAAAGCAGAGAAAACGACCUUCAGCAGAGGGUGUAACUAAAAGAAGGGAGACAACAGAGGGUCAUUCUGGACAACGAAACAAAGAUACUGGCAUUGUGCGCAAACGCAGUGCUAGUGCCACUACAUUGAAGAAGAAACUGAUCGUGGCCGGGUCAUUUUUUGCCCGACGUGAACGUUCCGACUCCGACACUGUAAGUGUGAAGUCUUCAAUAGCUACUGGUGGAGCAGGCUCAUCGCAUACAGGAGAGACUACUGAUAGCACACAAAUCAAGGUGGAAGUGAAACCUCCGAUCCCUCCCGUGAUAAAACCAGCCCCAUCCAGUGUGGGAGUGACAAGUCUGGAAUCUGUGUCGAUACCAUCCUCUCCAGCCAGCACCGUACCUGUGACUCCCAGUCAGCCCGCCACUCUGAAGCAGCCCCUUGCUCAGAAACCGGACCCUACGUCUGGGGUCAGUGGUGAGGUUAACGUUGCCCCUGUGCUGAUUGCCAAACGCGAGAAAAAGUCCAAAAAGCGCACAGCAUCACCUUCCAUGUCUGAAACCAGUAGCACCAGCGAGUCACAGUCUGAGGUCGUUGAGGGAAUGCCUGCCAGGAAACGUAGUCGCUCCAAGGAAAAUGAGAAAGCAAUGGCUGUGAGCCAACUGUCACCGAGUGUAUCACCUGUGUCACAGGUCCCUACUCAAGGGACAACCCAGCCAGUCACCGGGAUGCCCAAGAAAGCGUUCAUCAUAGAACAAGACCACAACCAUUUUAAGUGUGUGUUUGAAGGCUGUAACAAGGCGUUCCGUAAGGAGAACCUUUUGGAUAGUCACAUCAAAUAUUAUCAUUGUGACGACACCAAGAAACACACCAUGCCACAACCUAUGCGAAAACGUCGCAAGACAACCAGUAUAUGUUCCACAGACUCUGAUGUGUCGUGUUCCUCCAAACAGACAACGCCCCUGGUGGUUAAGACACACCAGGCACCUGUUGACAUUGGAACUGUGACUCUGCCUCCAACAUUGGAGGUCCAAGAAUGUGUGACUGUGGACAUUGUGGAAGAAGAUGUUGAUUUGAAAGUGGCUGAUAUCAAACACCAGAUGACCUGUAGUCAGGAUACCAUGGCAACCGAGGAGUCCAUAGAGACGGAGGACGAACUCAGCAAGGAUGAGGUGGUCAACUGUAUAUGUCUGUUUAAUGAGGAAAAUGGACUCAUGAUUCAGUGUGACGUUUGUCUAUGCUGGCAGCAUGCUGUUUGUUUUGAUCUGACGGUGGAAACUUUACCCAAGAAAUACAUCUGUUUUGUGUGCUCGGACCCAACAGGUGUGAGAGAGAGCUGUCGAUACAUACAUGAUCAGGAUUGGAUUAAACAUGGAAAUCUCAACAAGUUUGGAUUUCUGAACUAUCAGGAGCAGGAUGAUCGACGAGCAGGGACCAUCCAGGCAACCUGUGGUUUAGUUUCUGAUGUCCACAACAUUAGCACAGUACUACACAGUCUCAAGGAGGAAAUCAAACUGUCCAGAGAUCACAGUCAUCCACAGUUCAAGAAGUGGGUCACAGACCUGGACAGUGAGGAAUUGUGUCCAGAGGAAACUGGACAAGGCAGCUUCAACCAAUCAAAUUUGGUGACAGAGAGUGAUAUGAACCAAUCAAAAACAAUAUUGCAUUCCAAAAUAGACCAAUCACAUAAAGACUUUUUGCUAUCAGAAAAGGACCAAUCACAGACAACCUUACCAACAGAAACUCAUCCCCCCCUCAUCAGCAAUACGACAGGGAAGAGUGUCGGUGUCGAUUUAAAUCUGGUAAUUAAGUCUGAGCCUGUAGACAUAUCUGACGUUUCAAGUGAAAGUGCUAGGACAUUAGAACAAAAAGAAAGUGAUAAUGCCUCCUCUGAUCUGAUCUCUGUGAAAGAAAAAGACACUGCUGAAGUAAGAGACAGGACCAGUCUGUCAGAAGAUACAGUGAGUCAGCCGACAGAGGAACAGUCCAAUGUGAACCAAUCCACUACAGGUCAGCCUGCAGUCAGUCAAUCUGAUACAAGUCAACCCACAGCAAGUCUAUCUACUGCAAGUAAAACCCCAGUUAGUCAGCCUACAUCAAAUCAAUCUACAGGGAAUCGAUCCACAGUAGAUCAGUCUACAGCAAUUCCACCCACAUCAAGUCAAUCCACAUUGAGCCAGUCAACAGUUAGUCAAUCCACUGCAAGUGAUCAGUCCACAGAAAGUCCGCCAACAGUGAAUCAAUCCACCGAUGCUGAAGUGUCUGAUAGCGUACCAAAAGCGGCCGGAGAGCUGACAAUAAAAACUGAAGUAAAGGAAGAAGUCGUGGAUGAAUGUCACAUGGAGGUUGGGGGCGAUCACACUGGCUCCAAUGUGGUGGUCAAACAGGAAGAUCCAUUCCAGAUGUGUGAGAGCAAUCUAUUACAACACAUCCUCCGGGUACAGGGACAGGUCGACUUACGGCUUGACAUGAUUGAGGAACAGGUGACAGCUCUGGAGGCUGCAGAGACAAAUAGGGGAGAUAACCCCUGUUCACAGACUGCUCUAAUUGACCUUCCCACUCUCAAGAAAUCUCUUCACAUGUUGCAGAGUGACCUUGUUAAGGUCAAACGCAUGGCUGCCUACCACAGAUAGCAGGCUUUUCACAGACAGUGACCAAUAUUGACCCUCAUGUCGAUCUUGAAACAUUGACCUUCACAGGUCUUGACCAUGUUACAGCGCCCUUAACAGGUCAUUCUGACAUGUACCUAUCCUGGACACAUCUGUACCACAUAGCAGUAACCUUGACCUUUCAAUCUGUCAUGUAAAUGUGACCUUGGCAUGAUUAUAGCAAUUAUGUAAGUUGAAACUGCAGAAUCAUAUGGCAGAGUAUUUGUGUCCUAUUGGAGUUAUUAGUGCUGAUACAGAUAGUAAGAGCAUUUUAGUGUAACUGUGGUAUUGAUAAUGAACAUUGAGAAAGAAAUAAAGGCUUUCAUAA